UUUCUGCAUUUCUCCAACUUCGAAUCCAAGUUAACUUCUUCUUCUCCAUCUUGCUCUCCUUCUCUGUCUUUCGGCGUCCCGCAUUUCUCCGAGGAAAAAGGAAAGAAGAAGCGGUGAAGGAUAGGAGGAGGAAUCAGUCUUUUGAAUGGAGGCGCUUCGCUUCAUCCAGGGCAUCUCUGCCCCGUUAAUAGCCGUCGGCUUAGAUCACCGGCAAGUUCACCAUGCGCCGCCCGCUCAUAUUUCCACUGUUGCACACCAGGAUGCCACAUCCGUGGCUAAUGAGAAGGCGAGAAGGGGAAAUUGGGUUAUGAAGAUUCUGCGCGUGGGCGAGGAAAGGAGAAAGCAGGAUCACGUCGGUUACGAAAAAGAGGAGGAGGUAGAGGAUGAAGGGGACAGAUGUGUGUGUUGCGGUGGGGAGGAUGGGGUUGAGGGUUUCUCAGUGGAGCAGAAGGAGGAGAUGGAUGGAGUGGAGUUCGAUAGGGAAUCGUUCUCUAGAUUUCUCCGCCGGGUCUCGCUGUCGGAGGCAGAGUUCUACGCCAAGAUGUCUUAUCUAGGGAAACUUUCGUACAGAAUACCCAAUAUCAAGCCAGUUAAACUCCUUAAACCUCAUGGCCUUCACUUUGUCACUUCUUCAUUGGAGAAGAAAGCCUUAUUGUCUAAUGCUGAGGGGUCAACACCAGAGCAAGAUAAAAGUGCUACAGAGCCAACUCCUAAAAGAGAAGAGAAUAUGGUUCAUGGUGAAAAUGUUGAAGGCAUUAGUGCUUCUGUAGCCUAUCGGACGGUGGCUUCUGCUGCCACUUAUCUGCAAUCUCAAACAAAGAACAUUCUUCGUCAAAGGACUCAGAAGGCAGAGAGUGGAGAUGUUCCCUCCAUUAAUGCCUACUCAGAUGAAGAUGAAUCUGUUGUGAGAUGCUCACAGGUGGCUUCUUUUGUUGCCACCACAAAUUCUGUCACUGCAGUCAUUGCUGGCAAGGAGGAGAUGAAGGAUGCGGUUGCGGAGGACUUGAAUUCAGCGAGCUCCUCGCCAUGCGAGUGGUUCAUAUGUGAUGAUGAUAAAAGUCGAACAAGAUAUUUUGUCAUUCAGGGCUCAGAGUCUUUGGCAUCCUGGCAAGCUAAUCUUCUGUUUGAACCUGUUCAGUUUGAGGGAUUGGAUGUACUUGUGCACAGGGGCAUCUAUGAGGCUGCAAAAGGGAUUUAUCAGCAGAUGUUAGCAGAGGUUCAAGCCCACCUGAAGCUGCAUGGCAAUUCUGCUAUUUUUCGCUUCACCGGCCAUUCUCUUGGAGGAAGCCUUGCUGUUCUUGUGAAUCUUAUGUUGUUGGUACGAGGAGAUGCGCCGCCUUCUUCUUUAUUGCCAGUUAUCACUUUCGGCGCUCCAUCUAUCAUGUGUGGAGGCGACUACUUGCUUCGCGAGCUCGGAUUGCCUCAAAACCAUGUUCAGGCCAUUAUGUUGCACAGAGAUAUUGUUCCCCGGGCUUUUUCUUGCCACUAUCCCGAUCAAGUGGCUAAGAUUCUCAAGGCUGUUAACAGAAACUUUCGCAAUCAUCCAUGUCUAAAAUAUCAGAGUCUUCUGUAUGCUCCAAUGGGAAAGCUUCUGAUCCUCCAGCCAGAGGAGAAGUUCUCCCCUCACCACCACCUUCUUCCUUCUGGCAGUGGCCUUUACCUCAUGGAACUUCCAUUAGAAGAAACCAAAGAACCAAUGAAACUAUUACAGUCUGCUCAGUAUGCAUUUCUUAACACCCCUCACCCUCUUGAGAUUCUCAGUGAUGGCUCAGCCUAUGGCUCUGAAGGAACUAUUUUCAGAGACCAUGAUGUGAAUUCCUACUUAAGAUCGAUAAGAAUGGUUGUUGGAAAGGAGCUCAGGCAUAUUAGAAAGACGAAGAGGGUUCGCCGGCGAUUGAUUUGGUGGCCUCUUGUGUCGGCACAAGGAGUCCAGUCUGCUUUCAUUGUUGGCCUGAAUAUUAAACCAUCAUCAGACAUCAAUAAGCAUCAGGUUAGCAUUUCUGGCAUCCUAAAUGGUGGUAAGGAGACAUUGAAUUGGUUUGCUAAGAUGGCUUCUUCUCAGUUUGUUCACAUGUUCAUCUUAUUCUUAACCCCAUUGCGAUUGUUGUUUCUAGGAACUCUAUCUCUUGUCAAUUUUAGGUGAUAAGGGUGGGUUUUGUUGCUUUGGGUGUUUCAUUCUUUAUUCAUCUUUUCAUAAAUAGUUUCAAGAUUGGGUAUUUGCAUUGAUCCAAAUGGAGAGGUGCAAAAUUGUAGAGAAGAAACAUUGUUUCAUUAAAUUAUUAUUAAUAGAAAUCAGUAUAUAA